AGAGAGGCAGAGGGCAGAGAGGGGCUGAAAGUGAGAGUGAGAGAGUGAGAGUUGGGAAAGAGAGAGAGAGAGAGACGGGAAGAGAAGGGAAGGGAAGGGAAACUCACUUACUCUUGUGUCUGCAAGUGCUGGGGUGUAGAAACCUGCAUGUGAAAUCGCUACAUUUCCUUUCUGGAUUAAAACAGCGCAGAGGAUUUAUUUAAUAUGACAAGGCAAGUGAUGAGGCUGAUGUUGCUAGUCAUUGCUGUGUUCCUCCUGCUGGUGGAGGGAAGUAUGGUGGUAAGAACUCUGUCCCGCAGUCGGAGGGAGUUGGCCAGCCCGCUGCACGUGGGGGGCAUCCGGGACCCAUACGGCUCCUACUGUCAGCGGAGAGGAGGCUGCUGCGAGGGCAGGAACGACCAGUGCACCAUGCUGUACCUGGACACCAUUUGCUACUGUGACCUCUUUUGUAACCGCACCGUUUCCGACUGCUGCCCAGAUUUCUGGGGACACUGUCUGAGAGUUCCCCCACCAUAUAUAAGUGUUUGUGAAAGAAACGGCCACAAGUUCCAUUCAGGUGCCACCUACAAAGAAAACUGCAAUUUAUGCACCUGUGGGCCAAAUGGGCAGUGGAACUGUGAGCAGCAUGCUUGUUUGAUAGAGCCUGACAUGAUCCAGGCAGUGAACAGAGGAAACUAUGGCUGGAGGGCAGCCAACUACAGUGAGUUCUGGGGGAUGACUCUGGAUGAGGGGUUGCGCUACCGUCUGGGCACUCAGAGGCCUUCCCGAGCCAUCAUGAGCAUGAACGAGAUUCAGAUGAAUAUGGACAAUAAUGAGGAUAUACCCAGUUACUUCAAUGCAGCUGAGAAAUGGCCAGGAAAAAUCCAUGAGCCACUGGACCAGGGCAAUUGUGCAGCCUCCUGGGCCUUCUCCACAGCAGCUGUAGCAUCAGACCGAAUUUCCAUUCAGUCUAUGGGUCACAUGACUCCUCAGCUCUCACCCCAGAAUCUGAUUUCCUGUGACACACGGAACCAGGGGGGCUGUGCUGGGGGGCGCAUUGAUGGGGCCUGGUGGUACAUGAGAAGAAGAGGGGUGGUGACACAGGAGUGCUAUCCAUUCUCUCUGCCCGAGCAGACCCCUGCUGAGGUCAGCCGCUGUAUGAUGCAGAGUCGCUCUGUGGGCCGAGGGAAGAGACAGGCCACAGUGCGCUGUCCCAACAGUUACAGCUACCACAACGACAUCUACCAGUCCACCCCACCCUAUAGGCUGUCCUCAAAUGAGAAGGAGAUAAUGAAGGAGAUCAUGGAAAAUGGGCCUGUGCAAGCCAUCCUGGAUGUCCAUGAGGAUUUCUUUACAUACAAGAGUGGAAUCUAUCGGCACACAAACGUCAACUUCCACAAAUCGCCACAGUACCGCAAGCAUGGAACACACUCUGUGAGGAUCACAGGGUGGGGAGAAGAAAGAGAUUACAACGGGAGAACACAGAAGUACUGGAUUGCUGCCAACUCAUGGGGCAAGAACUGGGGUGAGGAUGGCUACUUCCGCAUUGCGCGAGGAGAAAACGAAUGUGAGAUCGAGACCUUCGUGAUUGGCGUGUGGGGCAGGGUAACCAUGGAGGAUAUGCACAGCCACCAUCACCACCAUCACGGAAGACGCAAAUAGUGACGUGCAUUAGAGCCUGUCUCUGAUCCUCGCCCCCUCCUCCCUGUGAGAGCCGUGUACACCUCAUUGCCAACAAACACAAAAUGCUCAGUCAGGACUAUGGCAGGAGAGUGGGAUGUGGUUUCCAUCAAAGCCAUCAAAUGCAAUAUCCAGUGAUAUUCUUGCAAUAUCUAUUCAAAUAUAUUAUCAUUGUCAGCGCUGUUAAGUGCUCAACACCAUUUAAAAUUGUAAACACUGGAGUCUGCAGACUCAUGCUGUUGCUGUGGCUAUGCUGUGUAAAAAGAAUCCCUAAUUAUGCAAUAAGCUUUGCAUCAGUUUUUUUACCGUGCUAAAGAGAAAACAAUGCAAACAGCAAGUCAUUUAAUUUUUUUACACCAAUAGUUAGGCAAUGGUUUGUGUUGGUGGAAACCUGUCUCCAAGAGUUCCCUGCUGGCCCUCUGCUGACCACAGGACUCAAUUACAAGCCACUCAGGACUCUGUGUUACAAAGAUCACUUCUCACAGGUUCUCUUCACUGCAGUGACCACAGUUCACCUCACUUAGUCUGAAAUGUCUACUUUUGUUUUUAAGGAUGGUUCUACUUUUCAUGGUGUUUUUUUUUUACUUUAUUUUUAUUUUAUUAUAGGUUAUAAUGCAUUUUAGAUCUCCUGCUCAGCAGUUUAGAACAAAGGAAUCAGGGGAUUACAAUGUAAUGGUGGCUAUCUUACUCCAAUGCAUUCAUCAGUAAUAUUCUCAUAUGUAAACAAAAUACAUUCCAGCAUUGAGGCAAAAAUAUACACUGGAAAGGCAACAGAUAAGGGGGUGGAUUAGGAGGUUUGGUUUAUGAUCAAUUAUUUAUUCUGAAAUUCCCUAGAACUGUUUUUGCAAUAAAUAUAUCUAUGAUUGUGUACUUUUUUCUGAAAGAUUGGUUGCAUUAGUUUAUUUAGCCCAAGUGCAAACAAAAUGCUUUUCACCCACGGAACAGAGAUGAUUUCUGCAUGAGAUGUUUGUUUAAACCAAACAAAUUAUAUAGCGUUUCUAUGCCAGUGAGAACUGAACAAGGAAAUAUGUCACUGACAUGAAUUACUGCUUUUUGUUGAGGAGAUGAAAUUGUUCUCAAUUAGAUACGAUGGUCAAGUUUUGCAACUAAUUCCUGCCCAAGACUUACUAUUUUUUGUACUGUAAACAAAAAAGUAGUUUUGUAAGAACUUUAUAUCAAACACAUCAGUGGCACAUUAUAAGAUCAGUAAUGCCUUCUAUAUAAGUAUUUGGACAAGUUCUGUUUGAUUGUAGGCCCUAACCUUCCCACUGUUGAACACAGCAGUGAAUUAAAGUUAGUGAAAGUAAUCUAGAGUGGGAGUGUGACCAAUCGAUUUAAGUCUCACCAGUUCUGAAGUACAGAACUCUCUUAUAUUAGUCUUAAACUACUUUCUUUAUGUAGACUAACCAGACUGUGCAUAAUGUCACCUUACUUUAUUUGUCGUUACUUUUAACAUUUUAAGAAAAAAAAAAACAUUUUUGAUAUAUUAAUGGUGCAAAUGCUAUUAUGGGUGAAAAGAGAACAAGACCACUGAGUAUUGGAUUUUA